AUGCAGAUCUUCGUCAAGACCCUCACGGGGAAGACGAUCACCCUUGAGGUGGAGUCUUCCGACACCAUCGACAACGUCAAGUCCAAGAUCCAGGACAAGGAGGGCAUCCCCCCGGACCAGCAGCGACUUAUCUUUGCUGGUAAGCAGCUCGAGGAUGGCCGCACUCUGAGCGACUACAACAUCCAGAAGGAGAGCACUCUCCACUUGGUGCUCCGCCUCCGUGGUGGUGCCAAGAAGCGCAAGAAGAAGGUCUACACCACCCCCAAGAAGAUCAAGCACAAGCGCAAGAAGACCAAGUUGGCCGUCCUCAAGUACUACAAGGUCGACUCCGACGGCAAGAUCGAACGACUUCGCCGCGAGUGCCCCAGCGACACCUGCGGCGCCGGUGUCUUCAUGGCUGCCAUGCAGGACCGCCAGUACUGUGGCCGAUGCCACCUCACCUACGUUUUCGACAAGCAAUAA